CUUCGCUCUUCCUUCUUCACGGUACUCGGUAGUCAGCAGUUGUAGUGAUAGUUAACUGCUAAAUUUGGGGUUAAAAAAUGCAAGUGCUGGGUAUAUUCGCAGUAGUUCUCACAGUGUAUUGCGUCCAUGCAAACAUUUACUUUCGUGAAGAGUUCGUGGACGGGGGUGAAUGGAGAAGUCGAUGGGUGAACUCCAAACACAAGUCUGACUAUGGAGAGUGGAAACUGACAGCUGGAAACUUCUACGGGGAUGCUGAGAAAGACCAGGGCCUGCAGACAAGCCAGGAUGCUCGAUUCUAUGCCAUCUCUGCUCGUUUUGAGCCUUUCAGCAAUGAGGGCAAAACUUUAGUCAUACAAUUUACAGUCAAACAUGAGCAAAAGAUCGACUGUGGCGGCGGUUAUGUGAAAGUGUUCCCGGCUGACUUGGAUCAAGCUGACAUGCAUGGAGACUCAUCAUACUACAUCAUGUUUGGCCCUGAUAUUUGUGGCUACAGCACAAAGAAAGUCCAUGUCAUCUUCAAUUACAAGGACAAGAAUCACCUAAUCAAGAAAGAGAUAAAGUGCAAGGACGAUGAGCUGACACACCUGUACACACUGAUCCUGAAUCCAGAUCAGACUUAUGAAGUGAAGAUUGACAAUGAGAAGGUAGAAUCAGGCAGCCUGGAGGAAGACUGGGACUUCCUUCCUCCCAAGAAAAUCAAGGAUCCAGAAGCGAAAAAGCCAGAAGACUGGGAUGACCGUGCCAAGAUUGAUGAUCCUGAUGACACUAAACCUGAGGAUUGGGACAAACCAGAGAACAUUCCAGACCCUGAUGCUAAAAUACCCAGUGACUGGGAUGAGGAUAUGGAUGGAGAGUGGGAGCCACCCAUGAUCACAAACCCAGAGUACAAGGGAGAGUGGAAACCCAAGCAGAUUGACAACCCCAACUACAAAGGGGUCUGGGUACAUCCUGAAAUCGACAAUUCCGAAUACAGUCCUGACUCUAACAUUUAUAAGUUUAACAAAAUCAGUGUUUUGGGAUUGGAUCUGUGGCAGGUGAAGUCUGGCACAAUCUUUGACAACUUCCUGAUCACAGAUGAUGUAAAGGAAGCAGAAGAUGUUGGAAAUGAGACAUGGGGUGUCACAAAGGACCCAGAGAAGAAAAUGAAACAAGAGCAAGAUGACCUGAAACGAAAAGAGGAAGAGGAGAAAAGCAAAGACCAAGACACGGAGGGUGAUGAAGAUGAUGACGACGAGGAGGAGGAGGAGGAAGAAUCAAAGAAAGAGGAGGAGGAUGAAGGGCCGACAGAAGAUGAUGUUAAACCUAAAGAUGAGCUUUAAAAACAUCUGUUUGUGCUCAAUAAACUGUCCUGUAAUUUCCAGGGAUGUUGUGGCUGCUGUGCAUCCCCUCCCUGAGAUUUGGACACAUGUUUACUUGGGGUGUGAAGGGAAGUUGGUGACUAAUAGUUUUUUCACACUCAUGUCUGAAUGAAUCCUAAGUUUUUCCACCUAAGGUCUUUCUUGACAUGUUUGGUAUCUUAACAUCUGUUUUGGGGUUCUUUUUCCUUGCACACUUCACUUGGAGCUAAAUUUUGGGAAGGGCGACAACCUUGAAAUGAUCCAUUAAAAAUUUUGGUGCCCACGCCUUUUUUUUUUUUGGUUAAGUCAAGUGAGCCACAAUAAAAUGUAACAAUGAAUGCUCAUAUAACCUCAUCUGGCAUCAAAUCUUGAUUGUAACGUAACUUCAGUUACAUUGUAGCACUGAGUAUUUUUUUUUUUCCUCUCCCCUACAUUUGUAAGGGGACUUUUUGCCCUUAAUGUCUGUUUAUACCUGCCUGUGGAUAUAGCUGUCUGUAGAUAGUGAAAUUUUAUUUUGGCAUUCUCUUGAGCUCAGCCUUUAAUGUUGUGGGACCUGCAUUGUAUCCGUAGAGCGGGAAAGCGGAUGUUUAGCCCAUUGUUUGACAGUUAAAAUCCCUUCACGUCAUUUUUAUUGGACAGAAUGUUAUUGAUACCAAAGUUUUUAUUAAAUUUACGACCUC